UAGACGGUAGGCCCAUGAGUGUCAUUUCCCUCCUCUUCUGACCAUCCGUUCACGUUACAAAUUUGAACCGCGAAAUUUCUUUUCUUUUUCUUCCUUAAAUUGAUUACCAAUGUUUUUUAUUUUUAUUCCCUUUCUGCCCUUUCUGUUACUGGAAUCUUGGAGAUUUGACAAGGGCUAAACCGUCUUUUCAUUCCUCCUUGCCAUUGCUUUCUUUCCAAAAUCGUCGGACUUCUCCGUCUAUCACUGUCAUGUGUUCACGUGGCAUCUUCUUAUUUGCUACUCUUUUUUUAAUUAUUUCCGCAGAAAACAUUCUUAGUGCGCCUUUGAAUUGAGGAUUUCUUUGAUGAGAGCAGUUGUUGUUUGACUCCAAAGGAAGCUUUCUGGUUGGUCCGGCGGCGAACUGUAAUAACCGGGCUGUCAUUAUUAUUCAGCUUGACAGUCCGGUUUUUUGGACCAAAUCCACGUGGUUUGAGUAGUUUUGAUCAAUUCUGUUGGUAUUAUAUGCACAUUGCUUGAUAUUCUUAUGAAAGUUGAGAGAUAUUCAGUUUUGAAAUUCCAAUAUGGGUUCCUUGUCUGGAAUCCUUCAACGACCUCUGAUUGCAGCAGCUGCUGUUGGUGUUGCCUCACUUUCUGCUGAUACUGCAGAUAGAUUCCAGUGUUUUAGAUCAUCAGGCACGUGUUCUUCCUCAGACCAAGUUGAUCCUUCUGUUUUAGAUUCACCUCCAGCUUCAUCAUGGGUGUCUCAUAUAUCUGUUUCCAAGCUUUCAAACUUGGCCUUCGUUUCUAGGGCCCGAGUACCUGUGCCUAACAUUAGCUUCGGGGUUCCCCAUUCUGGCCAUAAUAGUUUAUGUUCUUCUGUGGCUUCGUCUCCUGUUCUUGUUAAUUUGUAUCAGUCUGCUGAGUUGGCUAAAGCAUCAAAGCCAACUACUGUUGCAAGCGCUAUUGCUACCUCUACUCCUGAUGUAUUAUAUAGAUGGCAUUUACCGGAACCUAAUGCCAUGGAUUUUUCUGGGACUUCUGAGUGUUCCACAGCGAAGUCUAGGACGGUGGUGGUUUUGCUGGGAUGGUUGGGAGCAAAGCAGAAGCAUCUUAAGAGAUAUGCAGAGUGGUAUACUUCAAAGGGGUAUAAUGUCAUUACCUUUACUUUUCCAAUGUCUGAGAUUCUCAGUUACCAAGUUGGUGGAAAGGCUGAACAGAAUAUUGAAUUGCUUGUGAACCAUUUGGCUGGUUGGUUGGAAGAUGAAGGAAAGAAUCUUCUUUUCCACACCUUUAGCAACACUGGAUGGUUAACAUAUGGAGCUAUUCUUGAAAAGUUUCAGAAGCAGGAUCCAUCUUUAAUGGGAAGGAUUAGAGGUUGCAUUGUAGAUUCUGCACCUGUUGCAGCUCCUGACCCUCAGGUCUGGGCUUCAGGUUUCUCAGCAGCAUUUCUUAAGAAGCACAGUGUUGCGACAAAAGGAGUAGUUAACAUGAGCGAGUCAAGCACAGACAUGUUUGUUGGUAGAAAAGCACUUGGCGAGCCGAAACCUGCUGUUGCUGAAACAGCUUUGCUUUUAGUCCUGGAGAAGUUCUUUGAGGUGGUUUUGCAUCUUCCUACAGUGAACAGGAGACUUUGUGAUGUGCUAGGCUUAUUGUCAUCAGAGCAACCAAGCUGUCCACAAUUAUACAUAUACAGCUCAGCAGAUAGGGUCAUUCCUGCAGAUUCUGUAGAGUCGUUCGUAGAGAAGCAGCGGAAGGCGGGGCGUGAGGUUAGGGCUUGCAACUUUGUCUCCACACCGCAUGUCGAUCAUUUUAGAAAUGACCCGAAACUAUAUACUACACAGCUCAAUCAGUUUUUGGAGGAGUGUGUGGUUACAUGUCGCAAGUGUUGAUGAAUGAAGCUGUGAUUCUGUAAAUGCUGAGACUACAGACUAAUUCUUUCAUACCUUUAAAAUUUUUUACUUAAAAGGAUGCAAUAGCAACUGAUUUGUUGACUUAGAGGUUACUGAAUAAAAAUUCAAGGCCGUUUUGUUAUA